GCUUUUUUUUUUUCCCCUCUCUCCACCGCCGAAGUCCGGGCAGCACCGGGCACAGCCUCCCUGCUCCGUCCCCAGCCAGGCACCGCCGCUGCCUCUGGGCGAGGGAGCAGAGAGGAGAGGUCGCCCGCCGCAAGAACCUUGCUGAUGCAGUGGGGAAAUGAUGUGGGCUUGGUUUCUUCUUCCAGGCUCAUCGAAAAGAUGAACUCCCUCCUUGUGCUGGCCGUGCUGUCUGCCUGGGGCUCAUCCCUGGCUGGUGGGAACCUCUGGGAUCUGCAGAAGAUGAUCACAAAGGUGACCGGGAGAAACGCCUUCCUGUAUUACUCCUCCUACGGCUGCUACUGUGGCUUGGGUGGCCACGGACGGCCCAAGGACGCCACGGACAGGUGCUGCCAGCUGCACGACACCUGCUACGACGGCCUCCUGCGCCACCAAUGCAACGCCAAGGAGCAGCGCUACCACUACGGCUGGCACGGCAGCAGCCCCACCUGCAGUCAGGGCUCCUGGUGCGCCAAGCUCUCCUGCGAGUGUGACCGCAGCCUGGGGCUGUGCCUGAAGAGGAGCCUGAAGAGCUACAGCCGGCGCUACCGCCUGUACCCCCGGUACAGGUGCAGGUGACGGGGUCGGGGGACAGCACAAAGAGGAGAGGCUUCGGGUUUGCCCUCUGCUCCCAACGGGGUUUUGCACCUGGAGCCGCACGCCCGGGCUGAUCGGCGGUCCGACCCGCGCACGCCACGUCGCCGUUGAGUUUAAUCGGUGUGAAAAUAAAUCAUGGGCUUAAAUCAUCCCCGUCCUCGGCGAGCUGCUGCUGGGCAGGGCACAAGCCCUGUAAAUUGCCAGCGUCGCCCUCCCUGAGCACGUCGAAGGCUCUGCGGACACUCACUGGGUGCUGGGAGGGUGCUCGGUGCCCUGCGCACCGCUGGGUCCCUUACAGCACGCUCCCAGUGCUCCCAGUAACACCUCAGCGCACUUCAUCGCUGUCUAUGGCUCACCAGUGCCCCCUCAGUGCCUCCCAGCCUACCCCAGUACCGCUUAGAGCCCCUCGGGAACAUCACAGUGCCCCCCAGUGCUGGCUGGAGACCCCCCAGUACACUCCCAGUAUCCCCAGGUGCUGCCUGGAGCCCCUCAAUAACCUUACCGUUGCCAUCUAUAACCUGGCAGCGUGCUCCCAGUGCCCCCCAGUGCCCAUCAAUCCCCUCCUGAUGCCUCCCAGCACUGUCUAAAGCCUCCCAGUACAUUCCACGUGGACCUGAGUACUACCCAGUACCCCCCAGUACGCUCCCAGCGCUUUAUAGCACCUGCAAUAACAUUCCUGUACACCCCCCACGAUGUCUGGAGCACUCCCGUGCCCUCCCAUAUAGAACUGGGGGGAGUACUGGGAGCCUCUUGACAGCACUGGGGGGCAGCAGGAAGGCAAUGGGAGGUUUAAAGAGCACUGGGGACACUGAGAAUGUCCUUGGGGGCUCUGGAUAGGACUGGGGAGCCCCGAGAGGUUAUCGAACCGCUCUCAGCAGAAGGAGGGUGCCUGGCAGUCCCUAGCAAGCACUGGGGGGUCACUGAGAGCAUACUGGAAAGCUCUGGAUGGUACUGGGGGACAGCGGGAGGGCACUGGGGUGUUCUGGAAAGCACUGACAAGUUGCAGACAGCACCAGGAGCGCACCAGGAGGCUGCCGAGAGCCCCGGGGUGGCACCGGGAGGGUGUUUGGGGGGCUCUGGGCUGCGUAAGGCCGGGCUGCGGGGAGAGGGUGGGUUUGGCCGGCGAGCCAAGGGGCGUAGCAGGACGGCGUGCGGGGACGGAGGAGGCAUUUCGGCGCUUCCAGCCGCGAGCCGGAGGGCAGCACUCGGCAGCCAGCGGGGAUCCGGAGCCGUCGCCGUCCCCCGAAGAAGGAGGUUUGCAAAGCGGUGUGGUUUCUCCUCCCUGGUCCGGGUAAGAGGACGAUGAAGAUCCUGCUGGUGGUCCUGGCCCUGCUGCUUGCUUGUGGCAUGCUUGCUGCUCACGGAAAGGUCCCGCCUGCAUUUGCCCCGGGGCUGGAGGGAAGCACGGUGGCAAACCUGACUGUGCACAUCUGCGACUCGGGAUGGGGCCGCGGGCACGCAGCGAAGGCUUCAAUGCACCGGUGCUGCCGGCUCCGUGCCUGCUGCUACGCCCGGCUGGCUGCGCGCCGCUGCCGCGUGGGACAGAGCCAGCGCCUUGCCGCCUCCCGGGCAGGGGGCCCUGCCUGCAGGUCGGGGACCCGGUGCCAGCGAGGAGCCUGCAAAUGCGAGCGGGCGACUCGGCUCUGCUGGGCACGCAGCCGGGCGCUGCUCAAGUGCCAGGGCCGAGGCAGGCGUUGCUGACGGAGAGGGGCCCUUCAGGAACCCACCUCCGUGCUGGAGGAAAGCCGCCCUCGUGUGAAGCUGCGUCAUUAGACACUGUAUCCGAGGAGGGAGAGCUGCACAGAUGCGAUAUUUCUGCUGAGAAAAACAAGGGAGGAGUGGGACACCUGCGCCUUGUCGCAGUGAAGGGCGAGGUGAUGGAAGCCAGCACAAGUUGGCAAUUUGUCCUCUUUGGCUCCAGCUCCCCACGCGCAAGUUGCUGCACGGAAACGUCGUGGCUCCCCCAGCUGUUUGCUUCACUGCAGAAUAAAACUGAAAUAAAUAUUCCAAAUAAAAUAUAUAAAACAUUUGGAAUAUUCCAAAUAUUCCAAAAUAAAUAUUCCAAAAUAAAGCCGGAGAGCAAAAA